CCCUACUAAGUAACUAGCCAAUGGCAGCAGUUUUUAAUUGAAGGAUAGAGCCAAUCACAAUUUAGAUUGCUUAUAGGCGACUUCCUUCCUUGUACAUCAUUCAUUCUUUCAAAAUGGCUGAACACGAUGCGAGUUUCGUUGUAAUUGGUGAAAAUGCCAAUAGAUCCCCCAUCAAAGCUUCAAACAGAAAACAGAUUCAAAUUCAGAGAAAUAAACUGUUCUUAUUUCCUGCCAACCAAGUGACAACAAUAUAUAUAUAAGCUCGAAUGGAUGUGAGAGGAUCUAAGCAAAUUUGUUGAUUUAUAAAAAAGCAGUCAAGAAUGGAAGAGGAAACAGAGCAUUUAGCUGCAAUGUUAUCUAUUGUAGAUGAACAGUCACACAAAUUGACAGAAUUUUUAAACUCUGAAGAUUUAAAACCAGAUCUAUCAACAAUAUUUUCAUCUUCUAAAGACAUAAAAACAGAAUUUACAUUUUCAUCUAUGGUUGAUGCAAAACCCAACUUGACAUUCACAGCUUCUCAAGAUUUUAAACCCUAUACUACAACAGAGUUUUCAUCUUCUAAAGACACAGAAACAGAAUUUUCAAGUUUUUUAUCUUUUGAUAACUUUACACCCAACAAAACAUUUAUAGGCUUGCAAGAUGUUAAACCUGAUGUUACAACUGAGUUUUUAACUUGUAAAGAUAAAAAGCCUGUAUCAUCAUUAUCAUCAUCUGAAGAUAACAAAUCAGAAGUCACAACUUUAUCAAGUAGUAAAGAUUCAAAACCAGAUUUAUUGACAGGAUUUUUACAUUUUGAGGAUAAACAACAAAAAGGGCUUGAACUUCAAGUUGAAGAAAAUCUCCAAUUUUCUAGACACAAAAGAUAUCAGAUUGUUUCUAGUCAAAAAUACAAAAGGUUUUCUCAAAGUUCUAACUUAAAAAAACAUAAACCAGGUCAAGAAGGAAAUGAGCAAGUUGAAUAUGAUGGUGACCAUGAGAAUCUCUCUCAAAGUUGUAAUUUCAGUAACAAUAAAAAAGUCCUCUCAGGAGAUAAGCCAUACUUAUGUGAUGUUUGUAAUAAAAGGUUCUCUCAUCGAUGGAAAUUAUAUAUACAUCUGAAAAUGCAUUCAGGAGAUAAGCCAUAUAAAUGUGAUGUUUGUCAUAAAAGGUAUACUCAAAGUUCUGGUUUAAGUACACACAAAAGAAUUCAUACAGGAGUAAAGCCAUAUGAAUGUGAUGUUUGUCAGAAAAGGUUUUCUCAAAGUUCUACUUUAAGAACACAUAAACAGGUUCAUUCAGGAGGUAAGUCAUAUGAAUGUGAUGUUUGUUAUAAAAAGUUUUCUCAUAAUUCUAGUUUAAAAACACAUAAAAAGGUUCAUUCAGGAGAAAGGCCACUUGAAUGUGAUGUUUGUCAUAAAAGGUUUUCUCAAAGUUCUAAUUUAAAAAAACAUAAAAAGGUUCAUUCAGGAGAAAAAUCAUAUGAAUGUGAUGUUUGUCAUAAAAGGUUUUCUCAAAAUUCUACUUUAAGAGCACAUGAAAAGGUUCAUUCAGGAGAAAGGCCACAUGAAUGUGAUGUUUGUCAUAAAAAGUUUUUUCUACGUUCUAAUUUAUUAAGUCAUAAAAAGGUUCAUUCAGGAGAAAGGCCACAUGAAUGUGAUGUCUGUCAUAAAAGGUUUUCUCAAAGUUCUACUUUAAGAACACAUGAAAAGAUUCAUUCAGGAGAAAGGCCACAUGAAUGUGAUGUAUGUCAUAAAAGGUUUUCUCAAAUGUCUUAUUUAAAAAAACAUAAAAAGGUUCAUUCAGGAGAAAGGCCGCAUGAAUGUGAUGUUUGUCAUAAAAGGUUUUCUCAAAGUUAUAAUUUAAAAAAACAUAAAAAGGUUCAUUCAGGAGAAAGGCCACAUGAAUGUGAUGUAUGUCAUAAAAGGUUUUCUCAAAUGUCUUAUUUAAAAAAACAUAAAAAGGUUCAUUCAGGAGAAAGGUCACAUGAAUGUGAUGUUUGACAUCCAAGGUUUUCUCAAAUUUCUUGUUCAUCUUCACACACAAAAAAUUCAUUAAAAAAAAAGUUGUCUCAGAAGAAUAAUUUGUUAUGAAACAUGUGUUGUUGAAUGUUAUAAGCCAUAUGUAUGUAUGAAAUAUUUUCUUAAAGCUCUUACUUAUGUGCUCUUGAAAAAGUCAUUCAAGAGACAAGCCACAUUAAUCUGGUAUUUGUCAGAGAUUUUCUCAAAGUUUAUUCAGGAGAUAAGCCACAUGAAUGUUGAUGUUUGUCACAAAAGAUUAUGUCAAUUAUCUAAUUUAAAUACUCAUAAAAUUCAUUCUAGAGGUAAGCCAGGAAAUUCAUCAUUACUAAAAACCAAGUUAAUGUCAUUUUUAACAUAAAUAAUUAAUACUAGAGCAAAUUAUUAUUUAAUAUCUUGUUAUAAUUUUUUCUCUUCACAUAACUUUAACUAGUGGUCAUCCAAUAGUGCACCAUUGUUUAUUAAUUUUAACGAGCAGACCCGCUGCGUAUCAUACGCCGCUAUUUAGUUGUUGUUUUUUUCUACUUUUCAGUAAUUU